CAGGGCGCGGCCCGGGUUCUCCGUGUCCGCGAGGUGCGGGCCCGGCGUGAGCUCCAGACCUGGAGCAGGCAUCUCCCGCCUGCGAUCGCCUCUUUGUCGAUUUUUUGCAGGCGGCUGACGGUCAGCAGCCAGGGAUGGGGGUGGGAGCCGGCGCGACCCCAGCCCCUGCGGGCUGUGCGGGUAGCUGCUGGAGUGCUGCCCGAGGGCUAACUGGGGGCCGCAGGGAGGCAGCAGCGUGCAGAAGAGCCCUGGCUGGGGCGCUGCGUGGGGGCCUGGAGGUUGCUGCAAGAGAGUCCCUGGCCGGGGUCCGUGGGUUAACUGAUUUCACCUGGGGCCCGGGUCAGCCCAGAUCUACACCUGACCGGGGAGUGAGCUCUCCGGCCCUUCUGGCUGUGCCCUCCUAAAGGGAGGAGCCAACGAUCUAGGCUUCGCCGUCUGGGCGCGGGUCCAGCGUUGUCGGGGAGGGAGUCCUUGAAAAAGACCUAAGCGACUCACUGAGGAGGGGAGUGAGAGGGGGCUCUAAGAUUUGGAGACAGCGGUGCCAAGAAUCUCUGAGGAUCUUCCUCGCACCCACUCCACUCUCUCCUCCAACGGGGACAUCCAGUUUAGAAGCCCUUCCCAGGGAUGUGCAGGUACAGCUGUCUGCAACCCAGGCAAUGGAGCUGCACAGGCGAGACUACCACAUGGAACGGCCAUUGCUGAACCAGGAGCAGCUGGAGGAGCUGGGGCACUGGAGCUCAGCGCCUAGGACCCGUCAGUGGCGAAUCUGGUUUCAGUGCUCCUAUGCCCGAGCCCGUGCCCUUCUGCUCCAGCGCCUCCCAGUUUUGGUCUGGUUACCCCGGUAUCCCGUGCGUGACUGGCUCCUGGGUGACUUGUUAUCUGGCCUGAGUGUGGCAAUCAUGCAGCUUCCACAGGGCUUGGCCUAUGCUCUCCUGGCUGGGUUGCCCCCUGUGUUUGGCCUCUACAGCUCCUUCUACCCAGUUUUCAUCUACUUCCUGUUUGGUACUUCCCGGCACAUCUCUGUGGGGACCUUUGCUAUCAUGUCUGUGAUGGUGGGCAGUGUGACAGAAUCCUUGGCCCCGGCCACGAACUCCACAGUCAACGAGACAGCCAUAGAUGCCGCCCGGGUACAGCUGGCCUCCACGCUCAGCGUCCUGGUCGGCCUCUUCCAGGUGGGGCUGGGCCUGGUCCACUUCGGCUUCGUGGUCACCUACCUGUCAGAGCCUCUGGUCCGUAGCUAUACCACAGCUGCGUCUGUGCAGGUCUUCAUCUCUCAGCUCAAGUAUGUGUUCGGCCUCCGUCUGAACAGCUACUCUGGGCCACUGUCCCUCAUCUAUACAGUGCUGGAGGUCUGCUGGAAGCUGCCUCAGAGUGUGGUUGGCACCGUGGUCACUGCCGCUGUGGCAGGGGUGGUGCUCGUGAUGGUGAAGCUGUUGAAUGACAAGCUGCAGCGGCAUCUGCCUGUGCCAAUACCCGGGGAGCUGCUCACGCUCAUCGGGGCCACAGGCAUCUCCUAUGGCGUGGACCUGAAGCACAGAUUUGGGGUAGAUGUAGUGGGCGACAUCCCUCCAGGGCUGGUGCCCCCAGUGGCCCCCAACCCCCAGCUGUUCGCAAAGCUUGUGGGAAACGCCUUUGCCAUCGCUGUGGUGGGGUUCGCCAUUGCCAUCUCGCUGGGGAAGAUCUUCGCCCUGAGGCAUGGCUACCGGGUGGACAGCAACCAGGAACUGGUGGCCCUCGGCCUCAGUAACCUCAUCGGGGGAAUCUUCCAGUGCUUCCCCGUGAGUUGCUCUAUGUCUCGGAGCCUGGUGCAGGAGAGCACCGGGGGCAACACGCAGGUUGCUGGAGCCAUUUCUUCCCUUUUCAUCCUCCUCGUCAUUGUCAAACUUGGGGAACUCUUCAAAGACCUUCCCAAGGCAGUGCUGGCAGCCACCAUUAUCGUGAACCUGAAGGGCAUGCUGAUGCAGUUCACUGACAUAUGCUCCCUCUGGAAGGCUAACCGAGCGGAUCUGCUCAUCUGGCUGGUGACCUUUGUGGCCACUAUCCUGCUAAACCUGGACCUUGGCCUGGCAGUUGCAAUAGUCUUUUCCCUGCUGCUCCUGGUGGUCCGGACACAGCUGCCCCACUACUCUGUCCUGGGGCAGUUGCCAGACACGGACGUUUACAGAGACGUGGCCGAGUACUCAGAGGCCAAGGAGGUCCCGGGCGUGAAGAUCUUCCGCUCCUCAGCCACCUUGUACUUUGCCAAUGCCGAGCUCUACAGUGACGCGCUGAAACAGAGGUGUGGCGUGGAUGUGGACCACCUCAUCUCCCGGAAGAAGAAGCUGCUCAGGAAGCAGGAGAAGCUAAAGCUGAAGCAACUGCAGAAAGAGAAGCGGCUCCAGAAACAGGCUGCCUCCUCCAAGGGCGCCUCAGUUUCCGUUAAUGUCAACACCAGCCUCGAAGACAUCAAGAGCAAUGAUGUGGAAGACUCCAAGGCCAGGGUGAGCCCAGGGGAUAAGCUGGAAGACACAGCAGCCAGUGGUCAAGAAGAUGCCAAGGCCCCAUACGUGUCCACGCUGAAGGCCCUGGGCCUGCCUCAGCCAGAUUUCCAUAGCCUCAUCCUGGACUUGGGCACCCUCUCCUUCGUGGACACUGUGUGCCUCAAGAGCCUGAAGAACAUUUUCCGUGACUUCCGGGAGAUCGAGGUGGAGGUGUACAUGGCGGCCUGCCACAGCCCUGUGGUCACCCAGCUUGAGGCUGGACAUUUCUUCGAUGCAUCCAUCACUAAGAAGCAUCUCUUUGCCUCUGUCCAUGACGCUGUCACCUUUGCCCUCCAACAUCCAAGGUCUGGCCCCGACAGCACUGUUUUGGCCACCAAACUCUGACCAUGCUGCCAUCCUGUCUGAGACUGCCUACCUCUGUAGGCUGUGACGAGGCACCCUUCAGAAGCCCACCACCCCUGGGCUGCCUACAGCUGCCACCCAGGAGUCCCCUCAGUGCAAACACAUACAUAACUCAGGGAUGGAGAUCCUGGGACUCCAAGUCAGUGCUCCAGGCCUGGGACAGGGUACUGCAGUGAGGCUGACACUGCCCAGAUGCAGGGAGGGAGUUGGUGCAUAUUUUCAGCCUCUGGAAUAAAGAUUUUUCUGC